GAAUAAGGCCCACAGAUGCUGUCUCACUUCUUCUUCCUAUAAAACUUGUCCCCAAUUUCACACAACUCCCAUUCACAUUCCAAAAUCCAAACAAUUUCGAAAAUGGAAAAGUGUUCAUCAGCAGCUGUGUUUGAGAAGGACGACCUGAAUCUGCGAUUAGGCCUUCCCGGAAGAGACGAAUCGGAGCAGCCAUCUUCAUCUUGCGUGAAGACCAACAAGAGAUCCUCAUCGGAGAUGGAAAAUCAAGUCCAACAAUCCGCCCCUACCCCUCCUAAGGCACAAGUAGUUGGGUGGCCGCCGGUGAGAUCUUACCGGAAAAACGCCCUUCACGCGGAGUCAGGGAUGUUGGUGAAGGUGAGCAUGGAUGGAGCUCCAUAUUUGAGGAAGAUUGACCUCAAAUUCUACAACAACUACUUGGAUCUUCUCAAGGCCUUGGAGGCUAUGUUCAAGUGUACCAUAGGUGUUUACUCAGAGAGGGAAGGUUACAAUGGGUCUGAAUAUGCACCAACAUAUGAAGACAAAGAUGGGGACUGGAUGCUUGUUGGGGAUGUUCCAUGGGAGAUGUUCAUCACUUCUUGCAAGAGGUUUAGGAUCAUGAAGGCCUCUGAAGCUAAAGGAUUGGCUGGAUCUUGUAGCCCUUCCCUUCCACAAUUUUUACUCACCAAAAAUAUUCAAUUGAGUCCAACGAAUCUUAGCGUCGGUUUGACUCGAUUGACAUCCCUAGUCCGGAUUUGAGAUCUGGAUUAAUCAAAUUAGGGAACGGCUUGUACAAAUGAUAGAGAAGUAGUAGUUGUUUGUUUAUGUAUCUGUUUGCUUUGCAAAUUGUUUGUGUUUAGGAGGAAAGAAUAGUAUGUAAUGUGAAAUAAUGAUACUACUAAACAAAAUAUAGAAUACAGUUCAAUCUUCUUA